AUGGGUGCCUGGGGCUACUGCCUAUUCCAGUCCGACCAUGACUUCGACGUAAUCAGUGAGAUGAGCCACGAAGCCGGCCUUGCCAAACUCGAGGAAGACGCCCAAGCUCGAGCAAAAGCAGAAGGCAAGAGCGAUAAGGAAGUGAAUUUGAUAUACUAUACCAUCUACAGCAACGAUUGCUCAGACCCUGAGCUUGUUCGCAAGCACCUCGAUUCAGGCGUCCUUGUCGACAUGAUUGCAAAGAAGGAGUCGAAGAUGCUGUCUAAACUCGAUGGAUCGCUGGAUCAGAGGCUCGAUUACUUGACUCGGGAUCCUUGCUACGCAUACGUUCUGCUCGGCGCAUGUGCCAUGACACUCGGUUGCCAGCUUCCCGAAGCUUAUGUUAGCAUGCUGAAGAAAGUCUACACUGAGGGCGGCAUCAUGGCGGAUGCGCAACGUCAGAUGAGGAAGGCCCUCUUUGGUCCAGGUGGCUACAAGAAUGGUAAGCCUUACGAUUUCGAGUCCAAGACACUCUCGGAGACGGCCGAUUCUUCUGCGACCGAAGAGCACGAUGUCAACCCCCUAGGCUUUCGUCCGUUGAAUGUCCUCAGUCCAGGCGGCUUGUUCGAGACCGGUAUGACCACAUCGACAACGUCUCUGAUCUUGAAAGAACUUCGAGCACAAAUCCAUGAGCCUGACGCAUGCGGUGGCUGUGGUGCGGAACACAGAGCUGGUGGUAAGGCUCUACUUAUGUGUUCCAAGUGCCACAAUCGAAAGUACUGCUCUGUCAAAUGCCAGAAGAAGUCCUGGAAGGUCCACAGGAAGGUGUGCGUGCCUCCAAAGGCUUCUGCCUAG